AUUACCAAGAAGAUUGACCCUCCCCCCUUCUCUUCGCUCUGCGUCAUCCUCUUCUUCCAGCAAAACAAUAAUAUUAAUCCUCAUCUCCCGUGCAGACACUCCCUGCACUUCCGGAUAGGACACUAUCUGAUGGAUUAACCCCGCCCCUGGUGAUUGACUUGGAAUUAGAUACUCCGUCCCAAGUGCGCUUUCUCCUCCAUCGCCAACAACAUCCACGCUGGUCGGAUUAUCCACCCUGAGAACGGAACAAGUGGUCGGAUCUUAGCAUCGCUCUCCAUGGUUUAUCUAGGCAGUAUUUCUGCCUGGUUUUGUUGAAAUCCCUUCGGAGAAAAAAACCUCCCUGGCCGGUUUAGGGACCGCCUAAUAGACAUCUAUUUUCGGACGCCUCACCCCGGGUACGUGCUGUGGUUCAACCACCACAACUCUUUCCAAUGGAGGGCGUACGACAGUCGUGUCGGCCAAAACAUCAGGUCUUGACCCUGAAAUGCUAUCCCCGAUACCAGAAAGGAGUGCAGGAGGUUAAACCGAACCCUAGCGAACUCUCCUAUCUGCUCUACUAUGUGAGCACACGUCGCAGCAAGCUGACCAAAGUCGGCGCCUUUUUGGAGAAGAGGGCCGCCCGGGACGUUUGGAGAAGAAGACUAGGAAAUGUCCAGGUUACACUUGAGAUCCUUACGGCACUCAUCGAGAAAGUCCCUCGCGACCUGCCAAUCUACGCGCGAUCCGUCCUAACCAUAAUCGAGACUGUUUUACGUUCCCAUGACAUUUCUAUGGUGGAGGAUUCGAUUCCGACCUUUGAAACAUUUUGCCAACAUCAGGAUAUGGCGGCUCUGGCAGCCGAGCAGGAGUUUUCAAAUCAAUACUGGGAAGUCGUACGGACCUACGCGAGCUUCGCCAGCACCGUCGCCCCGCCGCAGACGACCCCUGCUCUAACCCCUCAGAUGGCGAUCCGUUGGAGGAAUGCGGGACUUCGAGCGAUCAAAGGUGUGGUUAGUUCCGAAGAGGGCCUAGCCGCUGGCGAUGGAAAUUCGCUCAAGACCCUUUUGCCGGUUAUUCUUGAGAAUCUGUAUACUGGCGAAGACGAUGCCAUUGUCUCCCUCCAAUUGAAACUCGAGGAAGAAAAAGAUGAGCCGGACCUCUCUCGACGGCGCAGGGUCAGCAACGCUACCGUGCAGACGGUCGACACAGCGGGUGGAGACCCAGCUUUGGCCUCGCAAUCCGCUGCAGACGCAGACAGAAAGGCCGAAAUAGAUGUGAGGUUGCUGGCUUUGCGUUGCUUGGAGCGAAUCGUUGUGUCCGGUAGUAACCGUGGCCAGAUUCGCACCACGACAAAGGUUGUGCUACGAUUCAUACUAGACAAGGGUCCUCUUCGAGCAGGCGAGGCCUCAAAGAUGAACGUAGACGGAAACUGGGCUUCGUCUCUCAUGGAACUUAUCGCUAAAUGGUGUCCGGUCCAGGUCCGCUUCAUCAUGUUGAUCACCGCCAUGGAGCUUUUGCUGGAUACCCCUCCCAUCGAAAAAUCUCAGGACCAAGCAUUUACCAUUCUUUUUAUGAUCAAUUGGCUUCUCAAAUCACCAGCAAACAUGAUUGGACUCAGCGUUAUGGACAUCUUGCUUGGCUUGGUGCAAUAUCUCUCGUUUGUGCUAGUACCAUCGGAUUCCGAGAAGCCAUUGGACAAUGAGAAGCAUUACAAUGGCGAAGAGCCUAUUUCCACCCAGAAAAGAGAAUUGCUCAGUCUUGUCGAGCAAUCUAUUGGAAGUCUCGCUACUCAUAUCUACUAUGGUGACCAAGUCUUCGACAUGAUCAGAACAAUCUUGACUCGCUUCAAGCCAUCACGAACCCAAGAAAGCGCUAUAGUUACAGCAUCAACUCAACCCGAUGCAGUAGGAGCGAAUGCCAUCUCUGCAGCUUUGGAGAACCCCGAAGCCUUUAAUUUCGCCACAGCCAAGAUCACCGCUCUCAGGGCAAUCAAGAACAUUCUCACUGUAGCAACUUUGAGAUCGCCUGCCGCUGCGGCCGGUGUGGAGUCCAGAAACCAUGUGGGAAUCCACGUAUGGGAAGGCACGCAAUGGUUUUUGCGUGAACCGGAGCAUGAUGUUCGCCAUGCCUAUAUCGAUGCAUUCCUGACAUGGCUAAACCUUGAAACAAACGAAAGCGAUCUCCAAGUCAAAGAUGUGCCGACAAAGCCGACUAGCUCAUCUUCCAAGCGGGAUUUUGCAGAAAAUGUCGAGAAGCCAGGAAAACGAAACGCUUCGACGUCUGCGAACCAGAGAGAAAGAGCGACGCUAGUGGCGGAGUCCAACUUCCUCCGUCUGCUCCAUUUGACCGUUUAUGAUGCAGCGCUCCAGUGCCCUACCGAGGAGUCUGAGAUCGCCAUUCUUCACCUUGUUUUGACAAGCCUCGUUAACAAACUAGGUGUGAACGCCAUAAGAUUCGGACUUCCUAUGAUUCUCAAGCUGCAGGAUGAUAUGGCCACCGCUGAGAGCUUGCGUACACUUACUACCAAGGUGAACAUCGGAAGCUUAGUAUACGGCUACCUCUGGGCUUUAUCCGAGAAGUUUGACUUGGAGGUUUUCAGAGUGGGUAGCGGGAUUAACAAAGAAGUCCAAAAGCGGCAGCAACUUGGCCUUUGGGUGCAGAGAAUCCGUGUGCCAUCCAUCUCUCUCGACAACAUUGUCACUAGAAGUGACAACCAGAUUAACAACGGCGUCUCAGCAAGUGAAGAAGCGUUGAUACCGUUCCAUGCUGGUGUUGACGACCUCAUCCACCAUAUCGAAGAAUCGUACAACUCAUCGAUGGUGUCACCAGUUCACAGCCCUCCGGGAUCCCCUGGACAAGGCUUCGGGCUGCCUAGCCUAUCGGAUAUCCAAGAGAAGGAAACCCUUCCACUUUUCGUCAAGGAACAGAUGAUGUCAACUUGGUCGAGAGAAGCAUGUCUGGCGACUGUUGAGAAAGAGACUGCCAAGUCAUGGUCUAUGAGCGGCUCCAAAGCAGGAACCUUGGCCAUGCGCAACCAAAUCCAAACCAAUGGGCUUAAUGGAGCCGGAGACAGCUCUCAGUCUUCCGCAACCUCACCGACGUCCGCACCCCACGGUGCUGGAGGAAUCGCAGCUGGCCUGCAACACCUCCGACGGAUGAGUGUUCCCGAGUCCUCGAACACGCCGCCCGAGAGCUCUAACAGGGGCUCUCCGGUUCGUGUUAAUGAGCUGAGGCGAGUUCUUUCGGUCAACAAGGAGGCCAAUGGUUCACGCAAGUUGAGUCCCCUUCGAGGACGACUCCACGCUUCGAAUGGUAGCAUUGCUUCAUCGAGUAGCGAAAGUAUGGUCAGUGGGUAUGCAGUGUCCGAGAUGGACGGCGAUGGAGGCUCGAGCAGACCGCCAUCGACGGGAGAUGGAACGGAAACCCCUAAGGCUUCAACGUUGGCACUCUCUGGUGAUGGAUUCCAAUUCGAUCAGUCAUCCUUCAGACUGGGCUUGGACGAUAUCCCCCCGGUGCCGCCAAUCCCACCAUCUCUGUCCGUGCCGGGUGGCUUUCCUAACGAUUCCCAACGCUCAUUGUCAUCCUCCUAUCUGGAUCGACCUUCGACCUCCCCUAACCCUCGAAAACAAUAUCCUGUGAAUGGAACAUCGCCCUCCUCACGUCCAGGCAAGACUCUUAGCAGGAAUAAGAGUCGUUCCAGCAACGGUCUUGCAAUGGCAGCUGUGCAAGAUUCCUCAGAUGAUAGCCAGCGGCGUGACCUUGAAAAUCUCUUGAAUGGGUUCUUGUCGCCGUCGCAUGCCGAGCCAGUAAAUGGCAAACCCCACUCAGUGGGUAGAGCUGGCAGACGACGCGCCACUGGAGGUAUUGGACGUCCACCAUACUAGUACCUAGCUUUGUACAGUUUCAUCGUACCAAAGCCCAUAACAUUCGCUCAUUCGCUCCUUUUAUUUUUCUUUUGGUUUCCUUCUUUUUCUCUCUCUUCUUUUGGCUCGCAGCAGUCUAUGUUUCAUUUUAACAUCAUUCUUCAAGCCUUGUCUAUAUCAUCUUUGUCUUUGUGAUGAAAAAUUAUUACCUUUCU